UGCGUGUGCGCGUGUGUGCGUGUGUGCGUGUGUGUGUGCGUGCGCACAGGGCCGCUGACAGUUUUUCCUGGGCCCAGGACAAAGUCAUCUGAAAGGGCUGUUUACCCAAUACAUGCAGUGUAACCGACAGCCAAUUCUGGGCCCACUGUCUCCCUGGGCCUGGGGCAGCAUACCUGUUUGUCCCCCCUGUCGGCAGGCGUGUGCGUGUGCGUAUGCGCGUGCUUGCAUGCACGCGUGGUGCGUGUGUUAUGUAUACUGUAUGCCAGACAGUUCCUGCCACUGUCUGUCUAGAGGAAGUUUAUUUCCACUGAAGGUGUGGUCCUGUCAGUGUAUAAGAAAGGCACUUAAACCAAUCAAUUGAGUUGUUUCCCUGUAGUGUCAAGAGGGUGUGUGUGUGUGUGUGUGUGUGUGCGCGUGUGCGUGUGCGCGUGCGCGUGCGCGUGUCCACAAUUGUUGCCUCUUCGUAGGAAGUCACUCUUCAGUAUCCAGCUCGUGUGUGUGUGUGUGUGUGUGUGCGUGCAUGUGUGUGUGCAUAUGUGUUUUUCUCCGCAUGCUUUGCGUAUGGUGUUUUGAAGGGAGGCUGGCCCGCUUGACAAGGCGGAGCCCCACACGGACACACACUCUCCAUAUUAGGGCAUGGGCUGGUCACAUGAGACACACGGUCUCUCCGCCAGAUAGACAAGAGAAACGGGGAACUUCACACAGUGAGAGAGGGAGAGAGAGAGUGGGAUAGAGAGAAAAAGAGAGAGAGAGAUAGAGAGGGAGGGAAAGAGAGAAAGAGAGAGACAGUGGGUGAGAGAGAGAGAGAGAGAGAGAGAGAGAGAGAGAGAGAGAGAGAGAGAGUCCACCACACCACACCACACAAGAAGAGGCAGGCAGAGGGAGAUAAGAGUGCUUGCAGCCGAGGGGACUUUUGGGAGACGUGGUCAGUCAGUCACACACACUCUCUCUCACACACACACACACACACACACUCACACACAGGCACAAGCACAUAGUCAAGGCUCCAAGGCUUCUGCCUGAGGGCUAUGAGAAUGCCCACCAGCUUCACUGUAGUUCCGGUGGAGGAUGGCGCCAAGUCGUCCCGCGCUCGCGACGACUCGGACGACAACAACGUGUUGCGGGAGGAGGACGAGGAAGGCCCAGGUGAUGGCAACCCAAAAGAGAGCAGCCCGUUCAUCAACAACACUGACAAUGACAAAGGCACGCUGUACGAUGGCAAAAACAUGGCCCUCUUUGAGGAGGAGAUGGACAGUAACCCCAUGGUGUCGUCGUUGCUUAGCAACCUGGCCAACUACACCAACCUCACGCAGGGGGUGCGGGAGCACGAGGAGGCCGACGAGGAGGAGGGGGCCAAGAAGAAGGCCGUCAAGAGUCCCCAGAUGGGCACCUUCAUCGGCGUGUACCUGCCGUGCCUGCAGAACAUCCUGGGCGUCAUCCUCUUCCUGCGCAUGACCUGGAUCGUGGGCACCGCCGGCAUCCUCGAGUCCUUCAUCAUCGUCGCCAUGUGCUGCACCUGCACAAUGUUGACAGCGAUAUCAAUGAGUGCCAUUGCAACUAAUGGGGUUGUGCCAGCCGGUGGGUCUUACUACAUGAUCUCCCGAUCGCUGGGGCCAGAGUUUGGUGGUGCGGUGGGGCUCUGCUUUUAUCUGGGUACCACCUUCGCAGGAGCCAUGUACAUCCUGGGUACCAUAGAAAUUUUAAUAACGUACAUAGUGCCUACGGCGGCCAUUUUCAAGGCGGAGACGAAGGAGGAGGAGCCAGCGGCACUGCUGAACAACAUGCGCGUGUACGGCACGUGCUGCCUGGCUCUGAUGGCCUUGGUGGUCUUCGUAGGCGUCAAGUAUGUCAACAAGCUGGCGCUGGUCUUCCUGGCCUGCGUGGUGCUCUCCAUCCUCGCCAUCUACGCCGGCGUCAUCAAGACCAUCUUUGACCCGCCAGACUUCCCAAUCUGCCUGUUGGGGAACCGUUCCCUGCAGAACCACAACUUCGACAAGUGCUUGAAGACGGAGGAGAUCGACAACGAGACGGUCCCCACGAAGCUGUGGGGUCUCUUCUGUGACAGUCAGUACCUCAAUGCCACCUGCAACGACUACUUCCGGGACAACGAGGUCACUCAGAUACAGGGCAUCCCAGGACUGCUGAGCGGCGUCAUAUCAGAGAACAUGUGGUCGACGUAUGGCCCUUCCGGUAUGCUGGUGGAGAAGAUGGAUUUCCCAUCCAAGCCGGCGAGUAACACCUCUAUGGAUGCCUACUUGCCCUACGUAGCGAACGACAUCGCCACCUUCUUCACCCUGCUCGUGGGAAUCUACUUCCCCUCCGUCACGGGUAUCAUGGCGGGAUCGAACAGAUCAGGUGACCUGAGAGACGCCCAGAAGUCUAUUCCCGUCGGAACCAUACUCGCCAUAGCAACCACCACCUUCAUCUACCUGUCCUGUGUAGUGCUUUUUGGAGCCUGCAUCGACGGAACCGUCCUGCGGGACAAGUUUGGCGAUUCGGUCAAAGGGAACUUGGUGAUUGGCACGUUGUCGUGGCCGUCGCCGUGGGUGAUUGUGAUUGGCUCGUUCUUCUCCUGCUGUGGGGCGGGGCUUCAGAGCUUGACGGGUGCCCCCAGACUGCUGCAGGCCAUCGCACGGGACGGAAUCGUGCCAUUUCUAGAGGUGUUUGGCCAUGGCAAGGCUAACGGUGAGCCCACCUGGGCCCUGCUGCUGACGGCUCUCAUCUGUGAGACAGGCAUCCUCAUCGCAUCCCUGGACGCAGUCGCCCCCAUCCUCUCCAUGUUCUUCUUGAUGUGCUACCUGUUUGUGAAUCUGGCCUGCGCCCUCCAAACUCUACUGCGCACACCCAACUGGAGGCCUCGCUUCAAGUUCUACCACUGGGCGUUGUCGUUCCUGGGUAUGAGUCUGUGUCUGGCUCUCAUGUUCAUCUCCUCCUGGUACUAUGCUCUGGUGGCCAUGAUGAUUGCUGGAUGCAUCUACAAGUACAUUGAGUACAGAGGUGCGGAGAAGGAAUGGGGUGAUGGUAUCCGUGGUAUCUCACUCAACGCUGCCCGCUACGCCCUCAUGCGCCUGGAGGAGGCCGAUCCACACACCAAGAACUGGAGGCCUCAGGUGCUGGUGCUGCUGAACGUGGACUCUGAGAUGGGCGUCAAGCACCCGCGCCUGCUCUCCUUCACCACCCAGCUGAAGGCGGGCAAGGGCCUGACCAUCGUGGGCAACGUACUGGAGGGUACCUACCUGACCAAGGAGAAUGAUUCCAAGAGGGCCGAUGCGAACAUCAAGACAGCCAUGACUGCGGAGAAGACCAAGGGCUUCUGCCACGUGGUGGUGUCGUCCAACCUGCGCGACGGCUUCUCGCACCUGAUCCAGUCGGCCGGCCUGGGGGGCAUGAAGCACAACACCGUCCUCAUGGCCUGGCCCGGCACCUGGAAGCAGUCCAACGACCCAGCGUCCUGGAAGAACUUCAUUGAAACCAUUCGCGAAACCACGGCGGCCCAUCAGGCCUUGCUGGUGGCCAAGAAUGUGGACAGCUUCCCGACCAAUCAGGACAGGCUGGGGGAGGGCACCAUUGACGUGUGGUGGAUCGUCCAUGACGGCGGCCUGCUGAUGCUCCUCCCCUUCCUGCUGAGGCAACACAAGGUCUGGAGGAAGUGCAAGAUGCGCAUUUUCACGGUGGCCCAGAUGGACGACAACAGCAUUCAGAUGAAGAAGGACCUGCAGACUUUCCUGUACCACCUGCGCCUGGACGCCGAGGUGGAGGUGGUGGAGAUGCACGACAGUGAUAUCUCAGCCUUCACCUAUGAGAAGACUCUGGUGAUGGAGCAACGCUCUCAGAUGCUCAAGCAGAUGCAGCUCUCCAGGACAGAGAGGGAGAGAGAGAUUCAGAGCAUCACGGAUGAGUCGCGUCACUCCAUCCGCAGGAAGAACCAGGACGGAGCCAGUGGCUCCACCAGCUCCAGCACCCGCCGGCAGAGUGAGGGUGCUGGGAGGAAGCGGGAGGACGCCAUGGAGGACGAGGCCCAGCUCAUCCACGACCGCAACACAGCAUCACACGCCGCCAUGAACGACAAAGCAGACGCAGCGCCCGAUCGCGUGCACAUGACCUGGACCAAGGAGAAGUUCUUCACCGAGCGCAACCGUCACCGCGGAGGAGAGCCCAAUGCCAACAUGGGCGUGCGCGACCUGUUCAACAUGAAACCAGAGUGGGAGAGUCUCAACCAAUCAAACGUGCGGCGCAUGCACACGGCGGUGAAGCUGAAUGAGGUGGUGGUGAACAAGUCUCAGGGGGCCCACCUGGUGCUCCUCAACAUGCCCGGGCCACCCAAGAACCGCGGAGGAGACGAGAACUACAUGGAGUUUCUGGAGGUCCUGCUGGAGGGUCUCAACCGGGUCCUUUUGGUGAGGGGCGGCGGCCGAGAGGUCAUCACCAUCUACUCCUAAGAAGGUCAAGUUGCCGGCAGUAACCGGCCACCUGCUCUUUCCCCUGGCCACAUCUUUAAAGUUCCGGAAAGAUCGACGGGAGACGGGAGACUAUUUUUCAGUGGUGGCAUUACAGCUGGCAAUGUUUGUUUUUUGAAAAGAGUGGUGGAGGGGGCUUUUUUUUUGGUAGCCCUACCCCCCUUGCCUACCAUAUCCCAGUGGGGUUCUGUUCCAACUGUCAGUGAAGAGGCAGUUGGUAACGUGAGAGCAAACCCCCUUCAGCCGAGGGCCGGAGAGGAAUACGACCAUUUUUACGUUGCCUUUGGCAACAAACUGUUUUGUUUUUGUUUUAUGUUUUGUCCACUUCCUGUCUUGCUGUGAUUGGUUCGUCAACUUCUCUGUCUCCUCAAUGUGUGGAUGUACGUUUGUAUGUACGUAUCUGUGUGUAUGGAUGUACUGGUAUGCCUGUGUAUGUAUGUUUUCAAGCAUUUUCUGUGUGUGCAUUGGUCUGUGAUAGCAACUGUACAUUCAGCAACCCAUGCCAGUGUAUGUAAAGAGGCAUCAUGUCAUGUUACUCUCUCAUUGUUUCUGUUUCUGUUUUCCCCUUGCUUUUAUCUUUAUUUUCUGACCAGCCAAGAGAGAGGUAACAGUGGAAUAGUUUGGUCUUCAGAGUCCCACAGAGACAGUGCUUUAUUGUCAGAGCUGAAAUACAAGAUUGCUUGUUUGUUUAUUUGUUUGUUUUUGUGUAACCUUGACGAUGCGCUACAGUGGGAUAAUCUGGUCUGACCUGCACAGUCUAAAAGAGGUCCAUUCUGCUCUGUCGUUUGUUUCUGCUUUCAGAAGGGGUCACGCCAUGCUUUAUGAAGUGUCUCCGAUUAUUUUGAAACUGUACGUCAUAUGAAGGGAUCGAUUGCUUUAGUUCUUUCUUUUAUUUCAGGGGGAUGCAAUGCUAAAACGUUUUUGCCGAGUUUGCGUGUGUGUGUAUGUGUGUGUAUGUGUGUGUGUGCACGUGCGUGUGUGCAUGCGUGUGUGCAUGUUAUCUAUGAGAGAUGUUAGGUGUCUCUUGUGUAAGGGAUAGGCCGAAAACACGAGAGUAUGAUCGGAAUGUGCAAUAGUAGUUUUUAUUUUUGUGAAGUCACAUGAAUCUAAAUCCAUACCAAUUAUUGUUGACUGAGGUAGUAUGGGAGGCAGUUGCCAAGUAACAGCCGAGUGUGGAGUUGAUUUGGUCCAGCUCCGGACGCUUCCCCCCCCACAAUAUCCCCAUCAGAACCGCAUCUGGGCCACAUCCGUUUCAGUUUGGAUCAGUGCAUCAGCUCUUGCCCAAAUAAGCAAGUGGCCAAUUGGCAGGGGUGGAGUGAGACACUAAAAUCCACCGGGAAUAUUCUGACCACACUGGCCCACUGUGGCAUUAAUUUAAGGCCCGUAAAGGAUGACCCUGAUAUUGGGAGCAUGGUCAUACAAAAGACGGUCUCCUUUUCAAUUUUUAUCCAGCUCACCGGGCAGUGCAACGCUGCCACUGCUACGGACAAACCAUUUGUGGCAUAAAAACAGUCCCUUAAUGGUCGCAGUUUUUGCAUAGUAAAUGGUUUGCUGGUAGUUGCAACAGUGUUAAGCUGUUCUAUUCUUUCACGUGUUUUUAUCCAACACCAUGUACCACUGUGGAAUGGUGCCGUUGCAGAAAUAGCCUAGUCGUGUUCCAAAGCUCAGGCAUCGGCCUUUGUGCUGCUGGUAGAGAGGGAAAUGACCAUGGCCGUGCUUGGGCUGGCGUUGAGGGGGGUAUGGAUGGGGGGGGGCAAUGGGGUUAGGAAAGACGGAUUUGGGGAUGGCUUCCUUCACAUUAUCUGUACCAAAGCAGUCACCUCCAUGUGGAAGAGGAGGAAGUAGCUUACAUAUAGACUUGCAGUACGCAUGACUUGUCGUUUAUCAAUAGGCUGAGGUCAUGAUGAUGAUGAUGAUGAUGAUGCACUAUUUCUUUAGUUUUAUUUGCAGGCCAGGUUGAAAUGUUCACUUUGUCAUGGUCGUCAUAGUUUAUUUUCCACCAGAUUCUUGUUGCAAAAGGUUCCACACAACAUUUCCUUUUUUGCAUGAUGUGUAGCUUUUCUUUUUUGGAUUUAUUUUCUUUUUUUUAAGUUUCAGCUUCAUCUCUCGGACAUUGACUGGAUUCAAUAAAAAAAGCAGGUCAUCGUCAUACUCAAAUGCUAAUAUUCCCAUUUAUAGCGAAUUUACAUUGUGUCUGUAUUGUGGUGUGAAGUUAACUCUGGCAGAUUUUUAAGACAUUUAAUUUUUUCCCCCUUUCUUGGUUACUGAGAAAGCAGUUUGUUUCAGUUUAGUAUCGUCUUUUAUUUUAUCCAGCACUGUUAUGUCGUGAAAGGUUGAGAAGAAGGAAAAAAAUUAUGUUACAUUAUUUUUAGCUUAAAUAUUGAGAUGCUCUGACAAUUGUAAAAUAGGAGAAAAUGUGCCAAACGUUUGGAAAGGAGUAGGAGGAAGUAGGAGGUAUAACUGGAAGCCUCUGCUUUGCCUGUUACUCGCGACUGGAGAAACGGCAAAGCAAUGGGUUGGCUUCUGCUGAAGCCACUGACCUGGGUAUCUGUGGGAGCAACCAGCACAAGCAAAACAUGGCUCAGAAGCAUCAGUCAGAAAAGUUCAAGUGUGUUUGUGAAACCACAUGUAUGUAUGUAUGUAUGCGUGUUUGUGUGUAUGCGCGUGUAAAGAUGCACAACAUUAAAAAAAAGAGGAUAUGAACAGA